CAUCUACACAUCUAUACAGAACCCUAAAGCGAUACAACGUGAACCAUACCAUAUAGCAGUAUACCCGUCGAUAUCGGGAUGUCGAAUCCCUCGUCAUCAGGCUCGAUAACGUCUCUACUGAACUCCCUCCAUACCCAUCUACAGUCUCAAACACAACUUCUCCCCACCCUCCAUGCCCAGCUCGGACUCCCAGAUACGGCGCUCGCAGAUGAGCUUUCCACACUGCAACAGUCUUUGACCAAAUGCGUGGAAGAUCAGAUCGAUGGUAGGAGGAAAGAGGUCGGGCUUUGGAUUGGAAAGUGCGAGAGUGUCGAGGAGGAAUGUGCAAGAUACUGUCUAGCAUUGGGGAGUGAUGCAACUUCGAAGGGGGUGACGGGAAGUGUUGCUGAUGCGCGGAAGGAACCGGUUUUGCCGACGAGGCAUGGGAUGCUCGUCGAGUUGCAAGAGAAGCUAAGACAGCGAUACCACACGAAGUUUGAACAACUCCUCACCAUUACAAGCCGUCUCAAAGCACUGUCUCGAACUCUAGAACCCGGAUUCUUUUCCCCCGACGUACUAGAGCCAAAGACUGCAGGCGACGAGGACAAUUAUGAUUCUGCUAGUCAUCGAGACGUAACUCCAGAGCGAUUCUCUUUACUUGAGAAGGAACUUGUGCGAGGGAAGACCGAAAUGGCCAAGCGAGUGGCACACCUACAAGAAACAUUCGUGCAAAUAGACUGGCUCUACACAGAACUGGGCCUUGCACCCCCCGCCGUCGAAGAUGUCCCACCUACGAACAACCUACCCUUGCCUUCCCUCUUCACCCGCCCAUCAUCGGCCGCCAGUGCCUCCUCCAGCAACCUCGAUCCAUUCCUUCCCUCAACGCCCACCCCCGGAUCGCGCACCGCAUCCAAGUCAUCCACAUUCUCCAGACCCACGCGCUUCUCUUCUGCCUCUUCGGAUCCAAUGGAAGACGAAGAUCACAUCCAUGAACAGAUUUUCGCCCGUUUCUCUGUCUUGCUCGAGCAAUCAGAUGCAGCAGCACCCACGCCACCACUCGAAAUCGAGCCCACUCCCGCACUCAUCAACUGGUCACAUUCUCUCCUCUCUUCUCUCUCCGACCUCAAACGCCGUCGCGAAGCCCGUAUCCAAUCGAUGUACGAUCAGCUAGAGGCACUGUGGCGAAGGAUGGGGAUCGAUGACGCAGACAUGGAUGGAUUCGUGGAGGCUAACAGGGGCAGUACGGAGGACACGGAGAGGAUGUACGAGGAGGAACUGGAGAGGAUGCUGGAGUUGAAACGGGAGAAGAUGAGCUCGUUUGUGGGGAGUGCGAGGCAGGAGAUUGAGAAGCUUUGGGAUGAGAUGAUGGUCGGUGAGGACGAGAGGAAGGAGUUCGCAUCGUUCUAUGAUGACCAGCAUACUGAAGAACUGCUCGUCAUGCACGAGGAGGAGAUCAAGCGUUUGAAGGACGAGAAAAGGAUGAAGGCGCAUCUUUUGGGAAAGGUCCGGAAGUACUUCGACAUCUGUGAAGAGGAAAAGGAGCUCGCUGCUGCUGCCUCAGACCAGACCCGUUUACUUGGGCGUGGUCCACGAGAUCCGGGACGACUCCUUCGAGAAGAGAAGAUGCGGAAGAGGGUCCAAAAGGAGAAGCCCAGACUUGAGCAAGAUCUUCUAGCUUCAUUACCUGCCUGGGAAGCAGAGGCACAGCGUCCCUUCCUCGUCCACGGCGAGCGUAUGCUCGAUAUCCUCAACGCCCUCCACCCCUCCGACUCGAAUCCCUGUCCCGGCGAUAAAGAGAACAAACGUAGACCGGCUACUCGAUCUCAGUCUCGAGCCGGCUCUGUUCCUCCACGUUCCACCACGCCAUCCAAUAGUGGUCAUUCAGGCUACGCUCCUACCACAAGCAAAGGCGCAGGCGCUGUGACACCCGCUAUUCGUCCACGGUCAGCUAUGAGUAGCUCAAGACCUGCACCUGCGAAGAAACCAAGAUUGGGCGAUUCGACAUCGAGCUCAAAUGGAUCUGGCGCUAGCAAGAUCGCCGGUCCUUCUUCGAUGUCCCGAAGCGGCACUGCGUCAUCACUUCCUCGACCAAUAGCUAUUCCGGCCUCUAGAUCAGUCAGCUCACAAUAUCCGUCCACAGGCCACCCACGAAUACCAUCUGCCUCGAAUAAUCUUUCGAAGAGCACAUUUGGUGGAUCGACCUCGAAGACUGUGUCGGGCAUGUAUGCAGGAGUAGCAGGAUUGAAUCAAUCGCGGGUGGCCAGAAAACCAGACCCGGCUGUUGUGAAGCGGAAGGCUGAGAGGGCCCGCAGGGAAAGUUUCAGACCUAGGCCGAGUCUAGAUGCGGAUUUGAGGAUAGUUGUAGGGAAGUAUAGUGGUGGAGAUGAGGCGGUCAAGGAGGAGGAUGAGGAUUGAUGUUGAGUACUAUCUUUGGUUCUUUAGCUCUUAUCUCGGAGAUGCCUCUAAUCUUUGUGCGGCAGUUUCAUUUCGUUUUGUACCAUUAUCUCAAGCUAUGAGCCGUUUGAUCUACUUACUAUGUGAUCUAUCUCUUCC